CCCGGCCCGGAGCAAGAAACACCUAAGAGCCCAGCAGCCAAAGGGGCAGCAGGAUUCCCAAGAGCUGACGGCCGGGAAGAGAGCAAAUGCCCCCUUGCCCGAGGAUGAGGAGAGGAAGAAGGCGAUGCUGGUGGAGGAACAGAAGAGUGAUAUUGCGCGGCUGCUACAAGGACAUCAGGAGGAAAAGGAGAGGCUGACCGAAGACAUUAAAAUUCAGGUGGAAAAGGAAAGAGACUUAGUGCUUAAAAAGCAGGUCUCGGAGCAGUUCAACACACUGAAGAGAGAGCAUGAAGAGAACCUCCGAGAACUCCAGAGGGCCCACGACCAGGAGACGCUGCUCUUGAGGGAAUCCUACCAGAGGUCCCAGUCUUCCUUCCAGGAGACGAUCGACAGGUUGAAUUCCCAGCUGAAAUCCUUCCAAGAGAAGAUGAAACGGGUGGAGGAAUCGAUCUUGAGCAGAGACUAUAAGAAACAUAUUCAGGAUUAUGGGAGCCCCAGCCGGUUCUGGGAGCAAGAACUGGAGAGCCUUCAUUUUGUCAUCGAGAUGAAGAACGAACGCAUCCAUGACCUGGACAAGAAGCUGCUCAACUUGGAAAUGGUGAUGGAGAGGAACCUGCUUCUGGAGGAGAAAGUGAAAACCCAGACCCAGAACCACUUGAAACUGCAUCGCCUGCCGUUUCUUUGCAGGCAACUGUCUGAUGAGCUCCUGGUGGUCCGGGAGGCCCUGGACAAGGAGUCCCAGCUGCGGGAGCAGGCUCACCGGGAGAAGGAAGAGCUGCUGUACCGGGUCCUGAACGGCAUCUCCUCCCCUGCCUUCCCCGUCGCCUCCAGCGAGGUGCCCCUCAUCGCCACGUAGUGCUCCGGGAAGCGGCGACAGAGGCUGCUGGGAUGAGGAAGCAAGGAAGGGGAACCAGUGACUCUGCCACCCUCGUGUUCGCCCUUCCUUUCUUACGCAAGUCCAGAGCUGCUGCCAUGGGGACUCUGGUGGAGGGGAGCCCUGGAGGACUCCCCGCCCCUGGGGACGUCCUCCCUCCAAAGGGACAGAGCCGUGUUUCCUGGGACCUUUUCAAGGUGCUUUUAUUCCUCCUGUGUGUCCCCCGGUCUGACUCCAAACGUGGGGGAGUGGAGAGACCCCCAAAAGCUAGACACGAGCGGCGUGAGGUGUCUGGGCUGCACCCAGCUUCACAUCUCAGGCAGUAGCUGAGGUUACAUGGGGCCCAAGCUAGGAAAGCCAAGGGGUUCUCCGGAGCGUUCAGGAUGGGGAAGGACCGGCGUGCCCCGGAGCCCUGCAUCUGAACAGCCUCCGCCUUGGGGGACGUUUAGUUCAGGCUCCGGGGCUGACGGUCGCAGCUUGGGUUGGUCUCUGAGCAGCCCCACCGUGAAGGAUGCUCCUCUCAGCCGGGGAUGUUUAAAAUAGCGCUGAGCUGAACCCAGCCUCGGUCCCGGGCGGCUUCGUGGUGCUCACGGGCAGGCAGCUGGAGAGGCGACGCCUGGGCCUUUCUCUCUGGUGUUCGGGCAUCCCCACAAGGAAGGGACGUGAGAGGUGGAACGUGCUAGGUGUGGGCCAGGCUCAGGGCUGACACGAGGAGAAAGCAGCACUUUCUGCUGGCCAAGCAGCAACAGCGGCUGCAGGCAAAGCAGCUCGCCGCCUGUUCCCGGAACCGGCGCUGCUGGCAGAUAGCAACCAGCCGGAGUGAUGAGCCAGACGGCCAACGGGGGGACUGUCUCCUGGGCCGACGGAGGAUGGGGAAGGGUGACGUGGCGAGCAAGAGGUGGACAGCGCUUGUCACUGCCCAGGCUUUCUGGGGGCAGAGGGUUCUAGCUCCGUAAGGUUGCCUAUAUCCCGACCCCGGGAACUGCCUGGCGGUAGAAGCCGACACUGAACCAGUGAGGGCCUGGGGCAGAAGAGGGGAGGUUGGACAGCUGCAUUGUGAGGAGGGGCCCCCUGGUUCAGCCAUCCCACAGCUGCAGGCGGGAGAGGAGCUGGGCUGCACGUGGCCAGGGUCUCUGGUGCCCGGCGACUAGUUACAUGGGACUAUGGAGGGAGGCUGGGAAGUUUGUUCUUGUGAGCAGAGCUGCUUGUCUAGCCCCAUUCAGUUCCCCCUGCAUCACCGAACUCUGGCUGGGCUGACCCGGCCCUGACCCCUUGUCUACUGCCGUGCUGGUCCCUUCUGGCUCCCAGCUCUAUAUUAAACCUUCCGGGGGGGCCCGCUGCCCUGGAAUCGCCUUUGCCUUUGCCCUGCCUCCCGUGGCCUUCCCCAGCAGCCUCAGUUUCCCUGCUCCAGCCCACACCCUCCUUCCCGUUGGCGUCUUGCUGGGGCUCAGCCCAAGGCUUGCCACGUUCUCUUUUGCUCUCAUGUCCCAGCGCCGCCUCCCAGGGCUUCCUCCCUGGAGUCUCCCCUCUGCGGGGGCUGCUGCAGAUGCCUGUCCCUCGCUCUAGCGCCUCUCAGCUGAGCACUUGGGCAGCCACCCAGGACAGAUUCCAGUGCUGCUUAGCUAAUGGGCAGAGUGCCCACAGACUCCCACAGCUGGCAGCAUGGGGUUCUGUUGGUGGUGCACCUCUGCACAUGCCUGGGUGCACAUAACAAAAAUGAUUCUGCACACGGAUGGAAAAUCCUUCUUUUUUACACUGACGUCAGCAGCUGCCCUAGUGCCAGCAGAGUGUUACACCAGCAGACGGGAGAGCUGAAGCUACACCUGUCUAGGAGCUCGGACAAGACCACCCCAGUCAUCUCAUCUGGCCUUACGAUCCAGGAAUGUGGGCUGGGAGAAGCAUGAUGGUCGUAGGAUAUGUCACGACAAUGUGGCCUGAAGUGUGUGCUCCAUUUUCCUCACAGAGGGCUCAGAGACUGUCCCAACGCCCGUCUUAGACGAGGAACCUCUGUUAGCAAAGCCGGCACUGGUGGCAGAUGGUUAAUCCACCCUCGGCUGAGUUAGAACCUGAGCCAUGUUUGGGUGCCACCAUACAGCUGGCUCAAGAGCACAGAGCCUGAGAGGAGAACCCCAGGGUCUGCACUAACCAAACAGAGGUUGCUAACUGUGUGGUGUCUGUCACUCCUCUAUGUGCGGCUUCUUUCUAAGUGCCCAUGGUGUGUGUCUGGCUUCUCGUUCCUUCCCUCUCCUCCGUGCCCCUCAGGGUUACAGGAGAUGGUGGCCCAGAGCAGUACGGCUGGGGAGCUGACAACUGCUUGGAUGCACACAAGAGCGUUCCACUGGGCGUGCAAAUGCUUGUGGAAGAGACCAACUGGAGUGUUAGCUAGUGCCACCGACUGCCCUUAGAGUGUGUGUGUGUGUGUGUGUCUCUAAGCAGGCCCAUGUGCUAAAGGGGGGUGUGUGUCUAAAGUAGACCUACGUGGUAAAACGGGGUGUGUGUCUCUACAUUAGGUCUACCUGGUAAAGGUGGCUGUGAGUGUCUAUAGCAGGCCCAUGUGUUAAAAGUGUGUGUGCGCGCACGUGCGCCCACAGUAGGCUCAUGUGGUAAAUAGGUUUGCCAGAUGGUUUCAACAAAAAUACUGGACACACUUGACACAUGACAUCACAAUCUACAUGACAUCUUAUUUAGAAAAUACGGGGCAGUUCUGUUCUCUCAUUUCUAUUUUCUCAAUGUGUUUCCCGAACAGAAAGCUCAAACACUGGACUGUCCAGUUCAAAACCGGACAGCUGGCAAUCCUAGUGGUAAAGGUGUGCAUGUGUGUGUAAAGCAGGCCCAUGUGCUAAAAGUGUGUGGGUGUGUGCGUCCAUAGUAGACUAUGUGGUAAAGGGGUGUGUGUGUGUGUGUCUGUAGCAGGCCCAUGUGCUAAAAGUGUGUGUUUGUGUGUGUGCCCACAGUAGGCCUAUGUGGUAAAGGGGUGUGUGUCUAUAGUAGGCCCAUGUGCUAAAAGUGUUCGUGUGUGUGUGUGCCCAUGGUAGGCCUAUGUGAUAAAGGGGUGGGUGUGUGCGUAUCUAUAGCAGGCCCAUGUGCUAAAAGUGUGUGUGUGUGUGUGUGUGUGUGUGUCCGUGUCCACAGUAGGCCCAUGUGGUAAAGGCUGUAACAAUACAAUUGUGUAAGGCAGAGGCACAAAGAAUGACGUUGGUAUUUGCCACGUGGAGGCCUGUGUGUGGGAUUUAUUUGGCUUGAGUCACACAUUGCUCCCGCGGCUCUCCAGGUGGCUGCCGUGGGAUGGUGUCGAAGGCCGUGCCCGGAGGUCGCCCCUCCUUGGGGUAAGGCAGGUGGCUACUUACCUCACCGAUACUUCCCUGGCCAGCAGCAGCCCUGCAGGUUGGCCUGGAGGUCCAGUCUACCCUCUGGCUGCAGCCCUGAUGAAUUUGUCCUCUUCAGCAGGCAUGACACAGUCCAGGCAAAAAGGAAAGUAGCUGCAGGACCCAAGAGGGGCAGACCCCCCUUUCUGCCCACAAAGGGGGGAAGCUGCCUCUCCAGCCCCUCAGGAAGUCCGGGUUCCCACCCACCCUGUGGCUGAAGGCCAAGAGUUCGUCUGGAACCGGCCUGUCUUCUCAGGCGGGCAAUGCUGCCAAGAUGAGAGCCGGGCCCGUGGGCUGGGUCUCUCCCGUGGAAGGGCCUCCGUGCCAGAGCUGACACAAGCCACAGGCAGCACGGGACAGUGCUUUAGCCUCGUCUUCACGGGGGGGGAGGGUUCUAGCUUAUCUGCCCCAGCACGGAUGGGAGGCCGAGAACCUGCCCUGUGAGUGGAAGGGAGGGGGUUAAACUCGAGUCCUGGCACACAGGAGACGCUCAGGAACCAGAAUGGGACCCAUCUGGAAUGGUCCUGGAGCUCAGCCCGGAGUCAGCCUGCAGCAGGUCCGCCCCCCUCUGCCCCCGACACUAAGAGAAAGGGAAAGAUGUUGGCUACCGAGACCUUUGGUCUGUGGAGACAGGCUGCCAGGACUCCUUGCUGGGUUGUGUACAAGCACAGUCGGCGAGACGCCCUUUCCUGUGUGAGGGGCGGCGACCAGCGCUCGAUCUUGCUGUGGGUCGCCCUCGCCAUACUCUUAUGAAGCCCACGGUGCUAACACGGGCCGUUGGGCAGCAGAGGGUGUUUCCCUCUUCAGCUGCCGCAGUGGUCCCACGGGGGCUGACUGACGUCUUUCCGAUGGGAGGGGAAGGCAGAAAGCCCUUGCAAUGAUUUCCUGACUCCCCCGCCGGUUUUUUGAGGAGAGACGAUCCUUGCUGGGAUUCUCCCAGCUGACUCAGUGGGGAGCGCACGUUCCUCAUGCGUUUAGCGCUGGGAAUUCCCAGCCUACGUCAGCAUGCCGUGUGGGCUCAGAGGGCCCCCAGGGCUACCUCCCAGCACAGAGGAGCUGGGGCUAGCACACAGCUCUCCCUAGGACUCACCCCCAGGAUUUGCCUUCCUCAUCAGCCGUCUGCGGAGAAGUCAAGGCUGGACUGGGCUGUCUCACCUGCCCCAUCAGGCAGCGCAGCCUGGGGGUUGGAGCAGGGAGAAGGGAGAGGAGUGGACCAGUCGUUUUCCAGCUCCAGAUCUGGCUCCCCUGCCGAUAGCAUCUGAGCCCUUCAAGAGCACUAGUGAGUUGGGAACUGACCCCCGCUCGCCUGGCUGCCUAUGCCGGCGUCCUAACCCCAGAACCCACCCCCACACUGCAGAGACAGUGAGCCGGUGGCUCUCCAGCCCUGUCAGGCCGUUGUCACCAGCACUAAGCUGGUCGUUCAGAAGAAACAGCUGCCGCAGAGCGACGUCUCGGUGCCUUGCGCGCAGGAGACGGGAAGGGACGGACGGGGGCUGAGAUGAGCUUGAGGGUCACUGCUGCAGCUGGGCCUCCAAACUGACCCUCUCACAUGGCAACACUGGGAGCCCAGCCCAGGAGAGCAGGCUGGAAGAGCAAACCUGCUGGUGUCUGCCAGAGAGGCUCUCUGGGGUCUGUCAUGCCUCCAGUGCCUGGGACCAAUUAGGCUGCGGGGCGCACUGGACAGCCUCCUUUCUCUCUCCCGAAUUGGUAUUUUGCUAAUUGCUUUUCAGCCUGCUAGGUCAGGAAAGAGUCAGGGGCAGUACGGGGAGAAGAGGCCUCCAGACAUCCGUCAUUUCUCUGGCCUGCUCCAUUAGGGGGUAUUUGUCAGCUCCCCGAGGGACAAUCCUUACCCAGGUCACGGCACUGCUGGCUUCAACAGGAGCCUUGUCUGCAUAAGGACGGCAGGCAGUGACCCUACAGAGUGCUGUGUCUGCCCCGUCAGCCAGGCAGCCAAUGUGACAUCCUGACCAGGUGUAU